AUCUCAAAAUAAAGAUACAUCCAAGGCCUUCAUCAGAAAUGUUUUUAACAUUUUCAAGAAAAAGUGCAUCCCAGAAACUGAGUUUAUUUUUGCUAGUUUUUGGAAUCAUUUGGGGUUUGAUGUUGCUACGCUACACAUUCCAGUAUCCCAGGCGCCAAAGCAGCAGCGAGUUGCGUGAACAGAUAUUAGACCUAAGUAAAAGAUACGUCAAAGCACUUGCAGAAGAAAAUAAAAAAAUAAUGAAUGGUGGCAGCGGAGCUUCUAUGGCAGGAUAUGCUGAUCUUAAGAGAACGAUUGCUGUCCUUCUGGACGACAUCCUGCAGCGCCUGGUGAAACUGGAGGGCAAGGUGGAUUACAUGGUGGUGCGCGGGCCCCGCGGGCUGCCGUGCUCCCGUUUGCCACAAGCCGCUUCGUUGCUGAUAAAAGUUAUUUAA